AUGGUCAUCAUUGUUGAAAUCGUCUUAUCAGAAAACUCUCAAAGCUUCGAAAACACCAUUCAAGAGGAAACAUCGCCUUUAGCCAUGUUGAACUACAAACCAUCUUCAACUUCAACCAAAACCCCUGAGAAUCCUAAAACCUCAUCUCCAAAACCUAAAGAAGUGGAAAGUAAGAAUGACCAAGAAGAGUCAUCUGUUUCAAGUGUCCUUCAAAGGUUGAAAGAGUGGAAAGAAAAGAAACAAAGAGAGAAGUCUCUUGAGGAGCGAAUUGAAGAAGUUGACGAGUUUGCUCAAGAAAAACAUCCAGAAGAGACCAAAGAAGAUGAUGAAGAAGGAGGAGAGAUGAAUGAGGGAGAGGAAGACAAAGAAGAUCCCAACAUUUCAGAAAAGGAAGAAUCAGAAAAAGAAGAUGAAGAAGAGGAGGUAAUUGAUCAGGCCGAACUUGAGUCACAGGCAGGGACGUAUGUUGUAGGACAUCGUAUUGAUCUAGAUUGGUGUAGGAAAGCUAGAUUCCUAGAGUUUCUUGAUUUGAUUAAGUUUCAAGGCUAG